AUGCAAGCAACUUACAGUGCACCAGCAGGGAGAGCCGGACCAUCGAGACUGAAUCACACCGCUCGCCUACCUCGCACGGCGCGGAAACCAUUUGUCUGCGCAGACCACAAACCCCAACGACCCGAUGGACGAUUUAGAGUGGUCAUUAUCUCCUCGGGCAGCGUGGCUAGCGUCAAGAUACCUGAUAUUGUCGGGUCUUUGAGCAGGAACCACAAUAUCGACCUUCAAAUCGUUGCCACGAAAGCCUCAUUGCAUUUUUAUAACCAGGCAAAGGUCGAUGAAGCUGUUCGCCGCGUUUUAGGACCAGGCUCCCAAUCAGUUACCGAUAACCCUACAUUGGCGGAUGAUUCCACAGGUGUCCGAGUUUGGACCGACGAGGAUGAGUGGUCGGACUGGAACCAGCUCGGUGAUCCCAUAUUGCAUAUUGAGUUACGACGCUGGGCCGAUUUAGUGCUCGUCGCGCCAUGUAGUGCCGACAUGCUGGCUAAGAUCGCUGGAGGUCUCUGUGACAAUCUCGCCACAUCUCUUUUGCGCGCUUUAUCACCGGAUACCCAGACAAUCCUAUUCCCCGCUAUGAACACACACAUGUACUCUCAUCCAUUGACUGCGAACCAUCUCAAUCUCAUUCAGGAAAAAUUAGGAUACAUGGUCUCGGGACCUCAGGGCGGUGGUAAACUAGCUUGCGGUGAUGAAGGACCCGGCAAGAUGACGGACUGGCGAGACAUUGUCACGAUCGUCGAAGACCUGGCAGUGAUGCACCGGGCUAAAUUCGCUGAAGCUCGUGUCUUUCGCGAACUCGGACCUGGCACCCACCCGAACCCAAAUAUCACCUACGGUAUCACUUCUGAUUCUGUUCAAGCCCGACGACCUCCCCUACUCGACCCUGAAAAAGUGGCAGAUUUCGAAGGACGAAGUGCAUUUCGCUGGAAUGGAAACCAACCGGGCUUGGGCAAGACUCAAGACGAUCCUUCAUCCAGCAGAUACCUUCCGAUCAACGUCGAGAAAACGACUGAAGCAAAGAUGGACCGCGCCACGGCUGUGCGGACCAAUCACCUCUCCAAGUUAGACGCGAUGCAGGUCGACGUUCCAUCGAAACAUCCAUCUGCAGACGAGACCUCCAGCUCUCAAAGCGCCAUGAUGCUUCCCUGGCUCAGAGACUAUAUUGUCGAGAAGCAAACAAAUAAUACAGCAGGUUCCAGGCUGGAGCGCAAGACGGAGGAGAUUAUGGACUCUCGGUUCGCACCACUCAGAACGCACGCUCAUCAACACGACAGUGCACUCGCAUGGAACGGGGAUCAAGCUGGGUUGAGCAUAGAGAGGAAUGGCCCUCUCGAAUUCACAGAGCCUUAUAGGAUGGCUCCUAUCCCUCCAAUCGAUCCUGAAGAGACAACUCGACUGAAAUGA